AUGAAUGGUCCGACUGAAGAUACAUCGAUUAAAAGUGAUGCCAUAUUUCAGAGACAGCAAUGGAUACACGCCAAGGAAACCAUCAAUGGGUUAAUCACUCAACUCAAUAGAAUAAACAUCAAAGAAAUAGUACUUGAAUUAUUUCAGAUCAACUUGAUACGAUACCGUGGGUUAUUAGCAAGGCGUAUAAUGAAACAACAAUUAUUGCAUCCAAAUAACCACGAAGAUGUACUUGCCAGUUUAGUAGGUGUGAUAAAUUCUAAAAUCCCCGAAGUUGGAGAAUUGCUAGUCAAACGAGUUGUGUUGCAAUUUAAAAAGAAUUUUACCACCAAAAACAACCAUCGCAAGACAAGGUCAUCACUUUGUUUCUUGUGUCAUUUGGUCAAUCAGCUGGUGACUAGUGAAAUUGUAUUACUUCAAAUAUUACAAAUACUAUUAGAAGAUCCUUCAAACGAUAGCAUAGAUCUUUCCCUCGAAAUAGUAAACUUAUCUGGAGGGUAUUUGUUUAAGAACUCUAAGAAUGCAUUGGUAAUGAUAUUGAACAGAUUGAGAGAUUUGCUACAAGAAGAUCCUUCAUUGAAUCAGAAGAAUAGAAAAAAUAUCAAUCACGUUUUGAAAUUAGGCAGAUGUGAUUUUAAAGGUGUUCAGAUUGUAGAUAAAGAUUUGGACCUAGUUGAAGAUGAUGAUAAAGAAGAACCCCAUGUUAUUGGAUUAGAUGAUGAUGAAUUAUUAUCAGAAGACUAUUUAAAUGUAUUCCAUGUAGAUGAGGAGUAUGUUGAAACUGAAAAGGAGUACAUGGAAAUACAAGAAGAAGUGUUGGGCAGGGACAAGAGUGAAGAACAAGAAGAAGAAGAGAAGGAAUCACAAGUAAUCGAGGUGCCAAAAGAGACCAAAGUUACCGAUUUAGGUAAGUCUGAUUUAUUGCAGUAUCAGAAGACUGUUUAUUUAACAAUAAUGUCGUCCAUGUCAUCCGACGAAGCUGUUCACAAAUUAUUGAAGUUAAAUAUUGGUAAGUCCAAAGAUGAUCGAUUACAAGAUACUGAAACAUUAGCUGAUAUGAUUAUCAAAGCUUGUUCACAAGAAAAGACAUAUUCCAAAUAUUACGGAGUGAUUGGCGAAAAGCUUAUAGUCAAGAACCAUUUCUGGCAUGAUACAUUUGUAUCAUUGUUCAAGCACUACUAUGACAUUAUCGACAAUUUUGAAACCAAUGCAUUAAGAAACUUGGGUAAAUUUUUUGGGCAUUUAUUGGCAUCUGAUAGAUUUGCUCUAGACAAAGCGUUGAAUGAAGUGAAAUUAACUGAAGAUGACACUAACCCAGCAAAAAGAAUCUUGCUCAAGUUUAUAUUCCAAGAAAUGAUAGAAGAAUUGGGUAUUAAGGAAGUGAAGGCAAGAAUGAUAAAUGAUAGUUAUGUUAAGCCGUUUAUCAAUGGGAUAUUCCCUGUGGUCAAUUCCACAUGGAAAAAUGCAGAUGAUUUGAGGUUUUCAAUUAACUUUUUUACUGCUAUUGGUUUAGGGGCAUUGACUGAAGAAAUGAGAAAUGUGUUGAAUAAUUUGCCUGAAGACCGUGGUAGAAGUAGGUCUCGAAGCUACUCCAGAAGUGGUUCUGAUAGUAGUCGGAGUUAUUCAAGGAGUUAUUCCCGCAGUCGAUCUGUCAGUUAUUCUCGUAGUAGAUCUGCCAGUUAUUCACGAAGUCGAUCUGCAAGUCGAUCUCAAUCCAGAAGUGCUAGUCCAAGAGGACGUCAAGAAUUUCGUAGUAGGCAAGCCAAUGAAUCAAGAACUCCUUCCCGUGAAAACUUGAAAAGGAAACGAAGUUCAUCGGAUGAUAAUAAUAAUAGUAGUAGUGGUAACAACCCCAAACUUCAAAAUAUUCUUGACCAGUUGAAGUAG